AUGAAGCCCAAAUCAAAGAAAAAUGUCAAACCAUCAAGUGAACCUGCACCCACACCUGCUCCUUCUCCAUCAAUAUCCUCCACUGUAUCUAUACCAUCAUCCCUUGUUCUUGAUGCACUCACCGUUCCUAAUUAUACUGGGCCUUCACUUCUAAUACCAACCACCCAUGCAUAUGUGUUUGCUUCGAAAAACACCUCUAAGUCAACCAAGAUCAAAACUACUCUAAGAAAAUCUAUAAAGAGUGACAAGGUAUUGCUUGAUGCUGCUGCUAAAGUAGACAUAGUAGUUAAUGAAGCAUGUGGUUCAGGGGGAAUCAAUGUCAAUUACAACAAGUCAGAUGUUGUACCCUUAGAUAAUGUCCCACCCAAAAGAGAUAAAUCACAAGUGGAGGAACCUACUGAUGAGGAUGAUAAUGAAGGUGAGGAAGCAGGAGGAAUAGUGGCCAGUCAUGAGGAACAUCAGACUCAGGACAUGGCUAAUGAAGAGAAAAAGAGUGAGAAUGAGGGAGAUUCUAGUAAAGAGAAGGAGAGUGAGAUAGAAGAUAAGAUAGAUGAACAAGUGGAUGAUUCUGGAGAGGAAGAAAAGAAUAGUGAGGAAGAAGGUGAUUCUGAGAGUGAAAGUGAGGAUCAAGAAAAAGAAAGUGAGAGUGAAGGAGAGGAUGAAGAGAGUGAGGAAGAGAAUGAUAAUACAAGUGGGGAAUCAGAAGGCUCUAUGACUAUUGGGAACACUGUCAUAGCCCCUUCAGAGGAAGCAAGUGGAGAGAAAAGGACUGAAGAAACUGGGCCCUUGUUAACUAUUUUCACUGGAGAUGAGGAGGUCAGUAGUGAUGAAGAUAAAUUGCCCUUGUAUGCAGUAGGAAAAAAAACCAGGAAGACCCCUGUGAAAGCAACAAAGCCUGUUAUCCCUGCAAGGAAAGAAAUGACUCCUCCUGCUAGAACUCAUCUCACAAGGAGUAAAAGAAAGUUUGUUGAUGAAUAA